UAUCUGAUAUUCUUGUUUCGAGAAAUUGAUAAAAAAAACUGGCAAAAUUAUACCAAAACUUAUAUGUGUCAGAUUGUUUAUACAAUUCGUUGUAUUAAACAGAUCAUAUUCAACAACUACGUAACCAAUCUGAUAAAGACGAUAUCCUAGAGGAGCCUGAGAAACUCAGAUCACCUGGGAACAGAAGCAGCUUGGAUAAAGCAGCUUGAGUUUGGUAGAGCAGCUUGGACAGAGCAGCUGUGAGCCGGUGCGGGGCUUGGUUCUCUCUCUCUCACACUGGGUUGUGUUGUGUGUAGUUAGUGUGUUUAGUAGUGAUUGUAUAGUGAAGUGGGAAUACUCUAUCCUUCUCUUACAAUAUCACACACACCCCUCACAAAACAGCAACGGUUAGCUAACAAGUGAUUAUAUAUCAUCCAGAAAGUGAUUUUUAAGUGUUAAAUUCGUUGGUGAUGUAAGAGUGGAAGUGUAUAUUUGUCAAUAAAUAUUGAGAGUUAACUGUAUAUACAAGAAACCUGUUAAGAAUGGUUGAAUUGCGAGCAAGUAAACUGGUUUUUACCUGCCUCUAGACCUAUAUACACAGGAUGGAAGAAUAAGAUGGAUUCCGCCGACUAAACAGAUACAGACUAACUUCAAAGGACGUAUGAUGAGCUCUGUAGUAAGCCAGGAACCAACCCUUGCCUCAAUACCGGAGUCUCCUUCGGAGGAAAUCCGUCCAUCGAGGUACUCUACCCUAUCCCGGAGUGGGAAGUCCUCUACGCUGACCCGAGACAGCAAGAAGUUUAACUCUCUUCGAAGAAUGCCCAAUCCAAAUUACAAUAUGACUGAAACAACCAUGAAAAGUCAGGUUUACCACGGCUACGACACAGACGGAUACAGUGGGUCCGACGCUAUGUACCUGGUGAACUCCAACGGGCACAGUGAUGGCGCGUCCCCCAACUCGUCCAGUCAGUUCUCCACAGAUGGAAGGGAACUCAUCUCAAGGACACAAAAACAACAUACUACACAAAAUAUAACCCAGACCACCAGAACCGUGAAAGAAGUUCAUUAUAUUGGACCAGACGGACAACCCCUUGACUUCAUACCAGACGGUCAUCUAAACUAUACUAUACCAGACGGAUAUAUGUAUGACGAUGGCCAGAUGAACUACCAGAAUCAGCAGCUGAUAAAUAACUACCAGAGAUACGGAGAGUUUAGGGGGCCGCCUACACCCCCUACUCCUAGUGAGGGUAGUAACUCCCCUCCCCCAGAUGGUAGAUAUAAAGAUAUAUCUCGAGGAAGUGGUGGUCUUGGGUUCCCCCCUAGAUCUGGAUAUGACGAGUUGGAUACAACCUUGAUGCCCCCGAGGGUGGGGGCCUUGCCCCUGGAGCAGUUUAGAAAUACACCCUCACCCGGACCUACCCAUCCGGGUUAUUCAGGCGUGCCCGGUCUGCCACACCCCCGGAGCUCUGCAGGAAGUAUAGGAGGGAGGGCUAGUGUAGGGAGUAUAGGAGGGAGGGCUAGUGUAUCUGAUAUAGCAGCUCCAGAUCACAAUUACUCCAACUACAACAACUCCGUGUUUGACGAGGGCGGGGAGUACCAGGAUGGAGGGGAGUACCAGAAUCAGCCCGGGGAGUAUCAGAACCAAAUCGGGGAGUACCAGAAUCAUGUUGGGGAUUACCAGAACAAUAUUAGGGAGUAUAACGACCGAAACGCCUUGUAUAGUACCCGUGAGAGUGUGUAUGCCGAAUAUCCUGGUGGAGUUACGCCCCUUUCCCGGCCCGCCCCCCGGGCAGUUUUUGAUGAGGACGAACAGGAACCACGCCCCCUUGGACCAGAUCACCGCCCUGGCUCACGUGCUCAGAGGACCAGCCAGCACGCUUCUCCACAGCAUGGUAUGAACAGUGUACCUGGAGUCCAAUGGCGGGAUCCAGAUCUUCAUGAGGUUAUUGAAUUCCUCUCCAACCCUAACUCUGUGAUUAAGGCGAAUGCUUGUGCAUACUUGCAACAUCUCUGCUAUAUGGACGACCCUGUAAAAGCCAAGACGCGGCAACUGGGCGGAAUCCCUCCCCUUGUUUCUCUUCUAAAUCAUGAUAUUCCAGAAAUACACAGAAAUGCUUGUGGAGCACUUAGAGCAAUCAAGGAUGCUGGGGGAACGAACGCCCUGGUCCGUCUGCUCCGUAAGACCGGGGACAACGAGGUGAAGGAGCUCGUGACCGGGGUUCUCUGGAACCUCUCCUCCUGCGACGAUCUGAAGCGGAUGAUCAUCGACGAGGCUCUUAAUGUGAUUAAUACAUCGAUAAUUAUCCCGCACAGUGGUUGGGGGAGGGGAUCUCAGGGCACAGAUACACAUUGGACCACUGUGUUCAGAAACUCAAGUGGAAUUCUUAGAAAUGUAAGUUCAGCUGGAGACUACGGAAGAAAAAAGUUACGUGAAUGUGAAGGACUAGUAGACGCGCUUAUAUAUCUUGUGAGAAACGCCAUCGAGCGCGCAAAUAUAGACAAUAAAAGUGUUGAGAACGCAGUGUGCGUGCUCAGAAAUCUGUCUUACCGCGCACAGGAGAUCGAGGAUCCCAACUACGACAAGCGGCAGAUACCGGUGGGGGAGACGAGAGCCUCCGCCAAACCCAACUCCGACAACGCGGGAUGUUUCGGUGCAAGCAAAAACAAGGGGAAACCUGGAGCACAGGGGAACUCAAGUGUUUCUAGUCAAGGUCGGGUUGUAUCCGGGACAGGGAUGGAUCUUCUCUGGCAACCUGAAGUAGUUCAACCCUAUCUAAACCUUCUCUCUAAUUGUUCAAAUCCUGAAACUCUAGAAGCGGCUGCAGGAGCUAUACAGAACCUAGCAGCUUGUUACUGGCAACCUAGUGUAGAUAUCAGAGCUGCAGUACGGAAGGAGAAGGGUCUACCUAUCCUAGUAGAAUUACUACGGAUGGAAGUGGACAGGGUGGUUUGUGCUGUAGCGACAGCACUUAGAAACUUAGCCAUAGAUCAGAGAAAUAAGGAGCUCAUAGGUAAAUACGCAAUGCGGGACCUGGUUCAGAAGCUACCCUCAGGGAAUCCCCAGCGCGAUGUUGGUACUUCUGAUGAUACUAUUGCAGCUGUUCUUGCUACUCUCAACGAGGUUAUCAAGAAGCAUCCAGAGUUCUCCAGAUCUUUAAUGGAGGCUGGUGGUGUUGACAGAUUAAUGAAUAUAACGCGGCAGCGCGCCAAGUAUUCUAGCAGGGUUGUCAAGUUCGCCAGCCAGGUUCUAUUUUCCAUGUGGCAGCAUCAGGAGCUCAGGGAGGUCUACAAGAAGUCCGGCUGGAAGGAGACAGACUUCGUCACUAAAACCGUUGCUGCACGGAACGCCCGACCAAACAGUCCAACGCACUUAAACUCUACGUUGAACCGACCAAUGGCCAGCCAGGGCGGGACUAGAUACGAGGAUAGAACUAUGGUGAGGGCGGGGCACCACGCCCAGACACAACAAUAUCAGGGGGAGAAUGUCCCUCUGGAGAACUUGUCUCUUUACGGCGGAGCCGGAGCACCUGUCGGAGCCGGAGGGCGGAUGUAUCCCCAAGGAACUCAUAUGGUCCGACCCGGAGAACCUGUGUACGCCCAAGUGAACCGUGAUAAGAAGCGAACUAGCCGGGGUCCUGGGGAUCAGGAGAAUUCAGAUUAUUCUGAUAGACAUUGGGGAACUCAGGAGACAGCUAGACAGGUUCAACACAAUAACGGAGCAGCACAACCACCAGCUGGGGAUUCAUGGGUCUAGCAUCAUCCACAAACUUCCGUUCAAGAACGUUAAUCUAGCGGAUUCCGUUUAAGAACGUAGAUUCUUGGGGCUACGUUCAAGAACGUAGAUACUCCAUGCUACGUUCAAGAAUGUAGACUCUCUGCUUCGUUAAAGAACGCAUGGCCCUUGGUUUAUUACUCCAAACGGUUACUUAUCUUGAGAUUUAAAAUGUUUUCGUUGCAGAACGUUAUAAACGAAAACCAACGAAGUGAAAUUAUUUAGGGACCCUCCAGUGUUAAGUACCAAUAUCAGGGCCAUACAGUUAUCUUAAUAUUUUCUAUCUAUGUCAUGUAAACUGCAAAUUUUUAUAUAUAGUACUGAAUAAUCUCUUCCUUUCUCUUCAGCUAAAAACAAAUCCA